AUGGGCUCUGAGCACAAGCCAUGGGCAGUCAUUGCAGGAGCAGGUCCGUCUGGACUGCUUCUUGCCCUGAUGCUAGCCAAGCGCAAUGUUCCAGUGCUGGUUUUGGAAGGCUCGCCGGUACUAGAUGAUUCACCACGAGCAGCAUAUUACGGCCCACCCGCGGCGUACGAGCUAGGAAGGGCUGGUGUUCUAGACGAAAUUCGCGCUCAGGGGUUCGAUCCGAUCAUCACCUGCUGGAGGAAACUUGACGGCACGUAUCUCGCUGGGUGGGAUUGCUCAGUGGUCAAAGAUGAUCCUGAUCGACUGGCAUGCAUGCCUCUUGCGACACUUGACAAGCUGCUGUACAAGCAUGCGAUUGCUCAGCCAAAUGUCAAAGUCCUCUUCAACCACAAGGUCACGAGCAUCGGCCAGGAUGAGGAUAAGGCAUGGGUGAUCGCCGAGACGCCUGAGGGACAGAAGCGAUUUGAGGGCCAGUAUGUCAUUGGCUGUGACGGCGCUUCCAGUACCGUCCGCAAACAGAUGUUUGGUAGCAACGACUUUCCGGGUUGGACGUGGGACAAGCAGAUUGUGGCCACAAACGUCAAAUACCCUUUCGAAAAGCUCGGAUACGAAGAUGUCCAGUUCAUCAUCGAUCCGGUCCAUUGGCACAUGGUGGCCCGUCUGACCAAAGAAGCAGAUGGAUCAGGCUGGUGGAGAGUCAGUUAUGGCGAGAUUGAUGGUCUGACGCGGGAAGAGCUGAUUGCUCGACAACCGAUGAAAUACGAGGCCAUGCUUCCGGGCCACCCCAAACCCGGGGAAUAUGAGCUCGCUGCUAUCAAUCCCUACAAAAUCCACCAGAGACUUGUCGAAAAAUUGAGGAUAGGCCGCUUUUGUCUGGCUGCUGACGCUGCUCACUUGUGCAACCCUUUUGGUGGCCUUGGACUGACUGGAGGUAUCGUGGACGUCGGAGGCCUGUAUGACUGCCUUGUGGGUAUAUAUGAGGGCAAAGCCGAUCCCUCGAUCCUCGACAUUUACUCAGACGUGCGGCGAGAGAAGUACAAGACGAUCACGGAUGUCGUUUCACAGGACAAUAUCCGACGUCUGUUCGACCAAGACCCUGACAAAGCGCUGGAGAACGAUGCCUUCCUCAGGCAGCUCAAGGCCAACGAGGGCAAUGUGGCUGCUCAGCAAGAGCUUCUCAGAUCACCCAACGGCCUGAAAUACGACUUCACGCAGCACUACAGGUCAAAUCAGCCUCAAAGCGGCGCUGCCAAAACAGCAGCAGUGAGCGUGAGCACAGUCGAACAGGUGGGGGCCUAG